UAAGGGAGACGCGCGCAGUGGUUUCCGCACAAGACAAAAUGUCUGCGAGGAUCCUGGAGGCGACCGGGCGAUCCCAGACUUCCAGCCCGCCUUCCGCUCCCGCCACGCUUCGGGGGUGAUGGGGAGGUGGAAAGGGAAGAGAUGCUGAAGCAGGAAUCUCUGCAUGAACAGUUGUAUAGGGCCCCCAAGGCCUACCCUUUCCCCAGCAUGGACACCGUGUGAUGGAAUUCACCCUCAUGAGUGAACACUGCUCUGACCUUUACCACCUGUAUCAGAAUUAUUGCUGGAAGCAUCUCUCCUCACCAGACGAUGGCAUUCAUGUAUGUGGCACUCCUCUGGGCAUCCCAGAUUUUGAAGAAACCCAGAGACAUCUUGCAGGGAGCACUGCUGAUGGUUCUUCAGAACUCAGGAUUCCUGCUCAGUGUGUCCACCUGAGAACUUACAUUGGCUGGAAACCAUGAGGCAAUGACAGGGACCCCCCAAGGCGGACAGGACAUGGCCUAAUACCUAAUUUAAAGACGCCGCCGCGGAGAGAAUGAGGAGUGACGAGCCGACGACGCCCAUGGAAGACAGCGGCGCGCCGGACGACGCUACGGCGCAGGGCGGCCCGUGUCCCGGCCUGGCCCCGGCCCCUCCCGGCCGCCUGGGGGCGCCCUACUGCGAGGCCUGGGGCUACUUUCACCUGGCCCCCGCGCGCCCGGGCCACGCGGCGGGCCAGUGGGCCACCUGCCGGCUGUGCGGGGAGCAGGUGAGCCGCGGCCCGGGCUUCCACUCGGGCACCCCGGCGCUGUGGAGGCACCUCAAGAGCGCGCACCGACGGGAGCUGGAGAAGAGCUCCGCCCGCAGCUCGCCGGCCGCCGCCCCGGGCCCGCUGCCGCCGCCGCCGCCGCCUCCUCGCGGGCCCUCGGCCGAGGGCGACUGGGCGCGCCUGCUGGAGCAGAUGGGCGCGCUGGCCGUGCGCUGCAGCCUGCGCGAGCGCGAGCUGGCGCGGCGCGAGGCGGCGGUGGAGCAGGGCGAGCGCGCCCUGGAGCUGAGGCGCAGGGCCCUGCAGGAGGAGGAGCGCGCGGCGGCCCAGACGCGGCGGGAGCUGCAGGCCGAGAGGGAGGCGCUGCAGGGGCGGCUGCGGGAAGUGAGCCGCCGCGAAGGCGCCCUGGCCUUGGCCUCUACUCCGCUGCAGACUCCGCUCAAAGAAGAGCCCUUGGGGGAGAGGUACGGCUACAUAAUUACCAAGGUCCUGUAGGUCUGGGCCGCUUUCCACUCCCAACCCCUACGGUGCCAGCGCUACUCCAUGAGUGGUCCACGGAUCAGCCUCACCUGGGAGCUGAAUCUCAGGCCCACCAAGAUCUGCAAAUGUGGACCCUUGAGAAGCACUUAGGAAACCAGAGCAGAACCAAAAAUCACUUAAUGCUCUGUGCCUCGCCACGCCUCGGGAUGCCUGGGAGCACCAGCUCCAGGGGCCUCCUUUGCUGUUGGGCUUCGGUGCAAGGAGGUGGUUUUCCUGCAACUCCUCUUGGAAGGACAGCUCCGUCCUAUAUUACCCGGAGUCCUGUAACUUCCAUAUGUACCAAAGACUGCCACACCACGUGGCUGGACACCCGCCAGGGCAACCCAGGGUGGAGGGAGCACGGAAAUGAGGAUCGAGCGUUUUAUCCAAGGAGAGUUUUAUUCGUUUCCUCAUGAAUAAAUCUUUGGCAAGUUGGCUUUGCCAGGCACGAGGUUCUGAAAAGGGGGCCAUUUAGCCUCCACAACUGUUCUUUACCCUGUCAUCCUAGUGCCUCAUCAGAGCAAUCUGGGAGAACUCCUGUUUGCUCCCCAGCUUGAAGAGAGCGCACCCCAGCUGUUCCCUUUCCGUUUAAGACCCAGUGGCAGCUGUGGUGCGUUUGUGCCUUACGCUUCCUUACUAGCAAAACAUGAGCUCCUCCCUCCUUAGGAAGGGAGCUUGGUUCCCCACAAAACAGUCCUCACUUCUGGGCCACAAGAGAAGACAUCUCUCCCAUCUGAGGUCACCUUUACUUCUUCCCGUUUGCAUCCAUUCCUCUUCCACCUUUACUGGACCUUUGCUCCAUUACCGUUUCUUCUUUCCUCUGACUCAUUCCCUCCCUUCCCCAGACUACUCUGGUUCCUCAGCAACAAGUCUCCCCUUGUACUAAAAAGAAAGAUUUGCCCAGCUUGACUGUCCCCAGCUUAACACUACCCAAGAGGGGUCCAGUUAUCCUUGCUGCCUGUAUUUCCUCCCCAUACUUAAGUCCUUUCCUGGAGGUCAGCUUCCCAUUCUACACUGGACCCGUAAGCUGAAUAUAAUUUGUUUUCAGCCUUCAUCUUGCUAGUAAAAUGAACACCCACAUAUACCCUCCACCUAGACUGAACACUUGUUAACAUAUUGCCUUAUUUUCUCUGCCCUCUAUCCCAAACAUACAUGGCAUUUCAUCCUGAAGUAUUUCAGUCUAUAUAUCCUAAUAGCUUCUAAUACAGAGUCCUUAAUCAAAAUUCCCCAUUGUCUCAAAAAUGUCUUUUUAUCUUUCUUACAAAACAGGGUCCAAUCAAGGUUCAUACAUUACUUUUUGAUAACUUUAGUCUCUUUUAGUCUAGAAUAGCUCCCUUAUUACUUUUUUUUCCAUGACACUUUUUUUUUUUUAACAUUUAUUUUUGAGACAGAGCAUGAACGGGGGAGGGCCAGAGAGAGGGAGACACAGCAUCUGAAACAGGCUCCAGGCUCUGAGCUGUCAGCACAGAGCCCAACGCGGGGCUCGAACUCACGGACCGCGAGAUCAUGACCUGAGCCGAAGUCGGCCGCUUAACUGACUGAGCCACCCAGGCGCCCCUCCAUGACACAUUUUGAGAGUCCCAGCCCUCUGGCUUCUAGAAUGCCCUUUAUUCUGGGUUUGUCUGAUUGUUUCCUUAAGCCAAUUUAUGCGCGCAUUCGUGGCUCACCUGCCUCUGUGCCAGUGACUCCUGACUACCUCCAGCCUCACGUUUUCUUCCCAAGUUCUGCCCUUCAUGUCCAAUCCCUGCUGUGUGUCUCUAUCUCUGUAUAGCGUGCCACUGCAGAUGGAAAGGGCAAAUCUCUUCAGUUCCACAUCCCCACCCCUCACCCGAUUAUAACAUUUAUGGGGCUCUGAGAAAGUAUUAGGUAUAUACUGCACACUGUACAUGUACCAUCCGACUCUAUUCUCACAGCAGCUCCUUGAGGAGGUAAUACUGUGCCCACUUACAGCUAAGGAAACGGAGAUAGGGGCUAAGUAGGUUGUAAGUAGUAGCUUUGAGAUCCAAAUUCAGUCUAUACCUCCAGAUGCCCUGUUCCUAGCUGCUGCACCAUCUCCCUUGCUAGUCACUGUGUGGACACCAGUUUCCUCCCUAAUUCCAGGUAUACUGGCACCAUGUGCCAGAGCUGUGCCAAAUGCUUUAGAAUAAGUGCAUGGGCAGCAACUCCAUGACCUAAUUAUUCUUAUGCCCAUUUUGUAGAGGAAGAGACAAGCUCAGGGAACUAAGUAAUGAUGAGGGAGAGUGGGAUUUGAAUUCAUCUCACUGAGGGACACCUGGGUGGCUCAGUUGGUUGAGCAUCCUACUCUUGAUUUUGGCUCAGGUCAUAAUCCCAGGGCUGUGGAAUCUGUGUUGGGCUCUGCUGAGCAUGGAGCCUACUUAAAAUUCUCUUUCCCCCUCUAUCCCUCUCCCCCACUCACACUCUCACUCUCUCUAAAAGAAGAAAAGAAAAAAGGUUUGAAUUCAUCUCCCUCAAUCCUAGGCCCCUAAUGUACUGAGGCUAUUUCUAUAAAGUGUCACACCUGUCUUCCUUCUGAUGCCACCUGCUAAGAUCAAGCCUCACUUAGCAUUCAUCUGGGGUUCAUCUUCCCAUCCUCGUCUUCCCCAAUUGCCCCCUUCCUAACACUCAGCUUGGCCAAAGGAACUGUUCUAAGCCAACGUUGAUUAUAUCACAAUUCCUGCUCAAAGCCCCCACCCCCAGCCCCAUCACCCAUCGUUAAGCUUCAACUUUGUGGCCUGACAUUCAAGUGCCCCCACCCUGGUGCCAGUCUUAUCUGUCCCUUCCCCUACAUGUACUGUAUGCUCCAGCCAAACUAGACUCUUUGUUCUUCCUGACGUGUCCUGUUCUUAUGGCCUUCCCUCCACUUAAAAUGCCCCCUCAAACUCUGAGUAUGAAAAAUCCCACCCAUUACAAAGACCAUGCUCAAAUUUGACUGCCUGCAUGUAGCUUUCCUUGAUUUCUAAUUUAGAGACGAUUCUUUACUUCUCUGGGUUCAUGGCAUUUUGUAUGUAAAUGUCCAUUAUUGGGCUGUUUGGUUUGAAUCCAAUCAAUUAUACUAGUAUGUCAUUAUCAGGAAUGUUUUUCUUAAAACAUUUUUUUUUUCAUUACACAAGUAAUACAAAUGCAAUGCCCCAAUCUAGGAAGAAAUCAGAAAACAACAAUCCCCCAGGGAGCCUGGGUGGCUCAGUCAGUUAAGCCUCUGACUCCAGCUCAGGUCAUGAUCUCACAGUCCGUGGGUUUGAGCCCCUCAUCAGGCUCUGUGCUGACAGCUCAGAGCCUUGGAGCCCGCUUCAGAUUCUGUGUCUCCCUCUCUCUCUCUGCCCCUUCCUAGCUCACACCCUUUCUCUCUCUCCUUCAAAAAUAAACAUUAAAAAAAAAAUUAAAAAAACAAAACAAUCCCCCAAAGUCUUGUCAUCUUAGUAAAACUUCUGUAAACUUUUUAAUGUAUUUUAUUCUUUUGUAUUUCAUAAUUUUUACAUUAUUCUAAUAAUAGUAUGUUAUUUCUAUUAAGUAUUGAAAUUUAACUUCUUCACGUGGAUUUGAAAGUUGGGCUAUACUAUAGGAAUUUGAAUUUUUAGAAGGGAAAAAAAGCUUCUACCAAUGUUACUCUUCUAUUCCACCAACUGUUAGAACCGUUAAUACCAGCAAAGACUGAGUUUUAGAAUUUUAACUGCCUCCUCAAGAAAGAUGACUAAUGGGAGCACCAGUAGCCUCUGUUUAGGGGACGGGGGAACAAUAUCAGGGGCCUGAUUAACUUAGUGCUGGUUGUGGGAGAGAUUUACUUUCUCUUUUAUAUACUUCUGCCUUGUUGUACUUUUUUUAUACCAAGCAUGAAUUACUUUUAUAAUCAAAAAUAAAAUAAUUCACAUUUCUCAAAUGAGAA